UCUCUCCUCCCUCUCUCCUCUCCCUCUCUCUCACACUCUCUCACUCUCUACGGGGAUGGAUGGGAGGAGACGCUCCUGCUGAAUGUGUUCUCCCUGCAGCGGGUUUACGGUAACGGAGAAGAAGAAACAGGGCAGCGCUCUUCUCAGUCACGGAUCCGUUCCUCCGGUGUGAUUUCCCUAACCGCCCACUGACCUUUCUCUAUACCCGUGUGCCUGCAUCUUGGCUUUCUAUUUUAUUUAAUUAAAUUUUUUUUUUUACAUGGAGGCGGAGCGAGGCAUCUUGCAACAAAACUACCGACCAGAUCUGACUGAAAACGGUGUGUGUAACCGACUUGGAUUUAAACCUCACCGAAUGAUCCUAAAAUGAGUCACACUACUCGAGUUGAUGUGUUCACCUCCUCCGUUUUCUGGCCUCGGGGGUACUGAAGAUGCGGCUGGUAGCGCGCGUGCCUGUCCUGGUUUCACACCGGCUCGGUUCGUCCCGGUACUGAUCCUGUCCGGUGCUGCGGUGUCCACUCAGGAGCCACCAGAGUGAUUUAAAAAAAAUAACUAAACAAAAACGGAUCCGCUACUAGCAGCCUGACAGAUGGAUGACUACUCGACUUUACAACUGCAGUGUCUGGAAAUGACCACUAAGCGAAAGCUGAUUGGCCGGCUGGUGCCGUGCCGUUGUUUCCGCGGCGAAGAGGAAGUGAUCUCAGUGUUGGAUUACUCCCACUGCAGCCUGCAGCAAGUCCCCAAGGAAAUCUUCAGCUUCGAGAGAACUCUGGAGGAGCUCUACCUCGACGCCAACCAGAUUGAGGAACUACCCAAGCAACUCUUCAACUGCCAGGCCUUGAAGAAGCUGAGCAUGCCCGAUAACGACCUGUCCAACCUGCCCACCACCAUCGCCAGCUUGGUUAACCUCAAAGAGCUAGACAUCAGUAAAAACGGUAUCCAGGAGUUUCCCGACAAUAUAAAAUGCUGUAAAGGCCUGUCUGUGGUGGAGGCCAGUGUCAACCCUAUCACCAAACUCCCAGAUGGUUUUACGCAGCUCCUGAAUCUGACCCAGCUCUUCUUAAACGAUGCCUUCCUGGAGUAUCUGCCGGCUAACUUUGGCAGACUCUCCAAACUACGGAUCCUGGAGCUGAGAGAGAACCACCUGAAAACCAUGCCAAAGUCCAUCCACAGACUGACACAGUUAGAGAGGUUGGAUCUGGGUAGCAAUGAAUUCUCUGAAGUGCCCGAGGUGUUGGAACAGAUCCACAACCUAAAAGAGCUGUGGCUGGAUAACAACUCUCUACAGUGUAUACCAGGGGCGAUAGGAAAACUUCGUCAGUUGCGGUACUUUGACUUAGCUAAGAAUCGUAUUGAGACAUUGGACACGGAUAUUUCAGGCUGCGAGUCCUUAGAAGACCUGCUGCUCUCCUCCAACAUGCUGCAGCAACUCCCUGACUCUAUAGGAAUGUUGAAGAAGCUGACUACAUUGAAGGUAGAUGACAACCAGCUGACCUCACUGCCUAACACCAUCGGGAGUGCGAAGCCCAAGCACGGUCUGUCUUUAUUGGAGGAGUUUGACUGUAGUUGUAAUGAGUUGGAGUCUUUGCCUCCCACUAUCGGCUACCUGCACAACCUGAGGACCUUCGCUGCUGAUGAGAACUUCCUCUCAGAGCUGCCGCGGGAGAUCGGUAACUGUAAGAAUGUGACAGUAAUGUCGCUGCGGUCCAAUAAACUGGAGUUUCUUCCUGAUGAGAUCGGACAGAUGACCAAACUACGAGUCCUUAACCUCAGUGACAACAGGUUAAAGAAUCUACCGUUUACCUUUACUAAGCUGAAGGACCUGGCAGCUCUCUGGCUUUCUGACAAUCAGUCCAAGGCUCUGAUCCCACUGCAGACAGAAGCCCACCCUGAAACCAAACAGAAGGUUUUGACCAACUACAUGUUUCCUCAGCAACCGCGACAUGAUGAGGAUUACCAGUCGGACAGUGACAGCUUUAAUCCUACUCUGUGGGAGGAGCAGAGACAGCAGAGGAUGACUGUGGCCUUUGACUUCGAGGACAAGAAAGAAGAGGAAGACAACUCUGGGAAGGUCAAGGUGGAGAUAAACCUAAAGCGCUACCCAACACCCUACCCUGAGGACCUUAAGAACAUGGUCAAGUCAGUGCAAAGCCUUGUGGGUAAAAGCUUACACGCCGGACACGGGCACCAGCACCAGCACCAACACCAGCACCAGCACCAGCUCCAGCACCAGCACCAGCACCAGCUGAGCACAGGCACUGCCACCUCGGCAGGAACCAACAUGGAACACACGCACCUCAGCAAAGAACAGUACGAACAACCAUGGCCCCUGCCUCCUAAAGAGGUGACAGACAGAGAGAUGCAGGACUUCUCUCAGUCUCAGCUAAUGGAUCAGGGAUCAAUGCAUAACUCCGGCAUUGACAUUCCCAAGAGGAAGGAUAAAGAGGACCUGACGGAGAGCUCUGAGGACUCAAUGGGUGGCUCUCCCAACGAUAUCCGUAUCUCUGACAUGAGGCCCACCCUGGUGGAGCCUCCUAUGUACAAACCAAAGGUGGUGCUGCUGGGGAAGGACAAGAAAGAGUCUACAGAUGAAGAGGUGGAUAAGCUUCAUUGUCUGAACCGCAGCGGCUCCUCAGCCACCUACUCUGACUACUCUCCCUCACAGGGCUCCUCCGGCUCCUCCAACCCACCCGGCAACUCACACUCGCACUCACACUCUCACGCACACCCACACACUCCUGCCCUGCCGGCCCCAAACAAGGACCAGGCCCCUCAAACACACUGGACCAACAGACUGGCUCAGUCUUUCCCCAAACCCAUUGACUCCAAGCCCCUGCUAUCUCAGAGAGAAACCCCUCCAUCAGGAACCCUGCAGCAGCGUGGGGAUCGACGCCCACUGAGCGAGCCUUUUGAUUGGUCUGAGGCCCCUCACUAUGACAACACAGGUUUUGAUGCUGAGGAGUCUCCUCUGGACCCUCCAUCCUCUACUGGAAGUCAGGGAAACCCGCCGCUGGGCUCCAAACCCCGCAGCCAGUCAACACACGGGCGCCGCCCCCUCCUCAGGCAGGAGCGAAUCGUAGGAGUACCUCUGGAGCUGGACACUCAGACGCUGCCCUUCCACGGCAACCAACGCGCUCCGGACAAUGACCCACAAUCCGGACAUCCUUCCCAGAAUCCUUGGCAGAACUGGACCAGAACCCCCAGUCCGCUGGAGGACCGAACCGCUUUUCCCUCCAAACUGGACCUGACGCCCACCUCCAGCCCCAACCCUGACCGCAAGGACAUUGACCAAAGGCUGGAACAAGGCCCAGGCCCUUUGCCCGGCAGCUGGACGUACCACGACAAUCAGGGGGAGCAGAACAGGAAGGAUCAGCUAAGUGUCAGCGGCGGCAACAAGGUGACCGUGGUGAUGAGUAAAAGCUCAGACCGCCUGUCCCCCAUGAUGAGGGAGACAAGAUCUAAGUUUAAGAAGUCACAGAGCAUCGAUGAGAUUGACAUGGGCUCUUACAAGGUCUACAGUAUUCCUGUGGACACCUACAGUUCAUCCAUUGAGCAACAGACUAGUUUGGACCGUCAAGAUUUGCCCGGUUCUAUGGAGCAGACCAACAUGUCACGGUCACAGUCUGUCCCCAUGUUGGAUGAUGAGCUGAUGUUCCCAGGACACGGAGGCAGCAACCAGAACCAGUCGGGACAGAACCAAAAACCUGCCAUCCCACAUAAGGCCUACCACUUCGACCACAACUACAACCCCCAGGUGACCAUGGACCGUCGGGUCCCUCCCCCCUUCCCCAACACACCAGAUUAUGUCAAUCACUCAUCGAAAGCUUUGGAGUACAUCAAUCAACCAGGGAAGACAUUACCCAAGGAGUUGGUGAGCCCUCGGUAUCGUGCAUAUCCACCACUGGAGAUGUUUUCUUUCCCCCAAUCACCAAUCAACCAGGAUGGUCAGCCCAGCCAGCAUCAGCAGCCAAUCCCAUCACAGCGCUCCAGGCCAGGGUUUUUGAGGAGAGCAGAUUCAUUGGUGAGCUCUACAGAGCUCGCUUUGUUCCGUAGAGUCCAUGAAGCCCAGCAAGAGGCGCUGCAGGAAGCUCAGUACAGACAGCAGGCAGACCCCCCUCUUUAUGGUCGGGCUCUGGCCUACUCCACCCCCAUGGAGCACUCUGCUCUCACCAACAUGGCCGACAGCCAGAGCCAGAUGAUGCACAACAAGAGAAACGGUCGCUACGAUGACGAAUACCCCAGCUACCAGGAACAGAAGAAACCCAUGAUUGGUUAUCCGACCAAGAGCCUGACUCAGCGCCGCCCGCUGUCUGCCAGAAGCUACAGUACUGAGACCUACGGAGCAUCUCAGGCUCGUCCAGUCUCAGCUCGUCCCACCAUGGCCGCCCUGCUAGAGAAAAUGCCCCCUGACUACACUCUGGCAACUUGCCCUGAGAAACCAUCUGAUGACACAAUCAAAGUAAGACCUGGCGUACCACUGAAGCCUGAAGACAUCACCUCCAGGAUGCCUGCAGAUUGGAGGCAACAGCUACUUAGACACAUAGAGGCCAAACGAUUGGACAGGAGUGGUGUCCUAAAGCACAACACGCUCACGCUGGGCAUGCUCUGUCAGGGCAGGGGUCACGGCCAGGGGCGCAGCAACACUUUGAACUUUAACCUUUACAAUAACACUAAGCAUGAGCACCCUGCUGGCCGCUGGCUGCCACUACCUCCUCCUCCAUCUGCUAACGCCACCCCCUCCCAGCAGGCUGCCAUGCUGGAUAAUGACCAGGAGGGGCUGUCAGGAAGCAACCAGUGGGCUCCCUACUCGCUUGGCAGGAGGGACGUCCCACCUGACAACCUCAUGAAAAAGAGUGCCCACUCCCACAACCCUUCCCACCAAUCACACAACACCAUGACAGUCACAUCCUCUUCCUCCUCCUCGUCCACUACGCCUCAUCGUGUGGUCGUGCAGCAGGGCUACGACGGGAUGAUGAACAAAGGGGGCCAAUACCAACCGGGCAUGCCCUUGUCAGUGGUUCCCUCUGGUGGGCCGGGGCAGUACCAAAGCAACAUGCCUCAAGGCCAUCCUGCUCCUGGACAGGGUUACCCCGGCGCCGGCAUGACCAUGGCCAUGUCCCCGUCUGGGAACCAAGCCCAGUACAACCCCCAUUCCUCACACACAUCCCAUCAGCCCGCCACCAACCCUCAGUACCACGGCAAUCAGGGCAUGGUCCAUAGCAACCAGGGCAUGGUCCAUAGCAACCAGGGCAUGGUCCAUAGCAACCAGGGCAUGGUCCAUAGCAAUCAGGGCAUGGUCCAUAGCAAUCAGGUUGUCAUGACCCACACCAACCCGCGGCCUCAGAGUGCUCGUUGCCUGUUGCAGACUAAAGGCCAGAAGAGCACGGAUGGUUUCCAGGAACAGUUGUGUGUGAGAAUAGAGAAGAACCCUGGUCUUGGUUUCAGUAUCUCUGGUGGCAUCAGCGGCCAGGGGAACCCCUUCAAACCCUCCGACAUGGGUAUCUUUGUUACUAGGGUACAGCAUGACGGGCCCGCCGCCUCCACCCUGCAGCCCGGAGACAAGAUUCUGCAGCAUGACUGUGUAGCUCCUCCUCUUCUCUCUCUUUUCCCCAACAGUGAUGUGUUACUGAGAUAAUGAUGGCAGUGACCCUCCAUCCUUCCACAAACAUACACACACUCACACACAUAUAUUCAUAUGUAUGAAAAUAGUGCAGCACACAUAACUCUAUACAUACAUGCACACACACACAUGCUGUUGACUGUGCUGCGUGUUUGCCUUGCAGGCUAACGGACAUAGUUUUUUACACAUGGAGCACGAGACAGCCGUCUCUCUGCUGAAGAGUUUCCAGCGGACGGUGGACUUGGUGGUUCUGAGAGACAGCAGCACGUGCUAAAAAAAAAAAAUUAAAAAAAAAAGUUUUAUAACAAACAAACAAAUAAACACAACAACGCUUCUCUACUCUCCUCAUCGCCAUCCCAUGCCACCCUCCACCUGCCCUCCGCUGGAGGCUCGUGGAACCGAAAAAUGAGCCGCCUUUUUUACCUUUGUAGGGGAACACACAGACAUUGAUUUGCCUAUUGCUGGACCAAAGGCAAAUACUAGUGCCAAAUGUACCAUAGGAAACAUAUCGGCUCUUCUGUCUACCGGCGGUCAGGGACCUGAUCGACGGCUGGACGGACCACAGAAGGACUCUUUGAGUUCCUACAGGGCUGCUGCGGUUUGAAUUUUGUGGUCGUUAAUUAGGCAGUCAACUGAUCAGUCAGUCUGAAUAGUUAUUUUUUGUUUGGUUAGUUAGCAUUCUGGGGUCUUUUUGCUUUUUCUCCGCUGCCUUUUAUUUUGCUGUCCAUGGUAGAUUUUGAAUGAUUUGUUUGAUACAGCACAUUAUUCACUUUUCCGUCUUCAUUAGUGUUCUUCUUUGCUUUUGUUCUCUUUUCUGUUGUCCUCUAUUCUGUUCUUUUCUUUUGACUCAUAUCUUCUGUUAUUCUCUUUUGUUCACUGCCUUGUGUUUUAUUAUUUUCUGCUGUCUUCUGUUCUGCAGGUAUUAUUGCCUCCAGUGUACAGAAAUUGAAAACUUAGGACUUUCUGCCUUGUGUACAUAUAUAGAGCUGCGGUUUUCUAGAGCCACACUUUCCUUGGGGCCUGGACAGACAGCUCUUAAAGUUUAUGAUUAAUAUAAAUAGUGUUGAUAAACCACAUUUUGAAUUCUAUCUUAUGAACAUACAGGGAUUAUUUCUCCAAAUGGUCAAUUUUCUAAAGUAUACCACUGAUUUUUUUUUUUUUUUCUGUAAAGAAAACACUGUUGAUAGUUCAUUAAUGCUACUCGUUUUUUUUUGUUUUAUUUUUAAAAAAACUGUUGCUUGCACAGCUGUGCUGAAAAGAGCUAAAGCAAUACUUCUGAGGCUCGGCCCACAGUGCCAUCUAUUGAGCAAGUCAUGCUAAUGUUUACACACACUGCCAUGCCCAUGAGCUAACAGGCAAACACACAGUAGACGUAUGUGCCCCCAUACACAACACAUAUGCAAUGGUGCGCACUGUGCACUAUUCAUAAUGAAGCCCUGUCGAUACUCUAGCCUGACUUUACAAUUCAACUGCUAUAAUAAAACUCUCUCUCUCACACACACACACACACACACACACACUGUAACAUUAUUCAUAAUAUCUGUGCCAUAUUUUGAAGUCCUGUUUUCUAGUAUUGUUACAGCAUUGGUCCAUCCUUUUUUUAGCUGUUUGAGUUGUACGAUGAAAUCGCAGCAUGCUUUCAUAUCAUUGGUCAUUGUCAGCCAGCCAUUUUCUGUUUGGCUUCUAGAGUUCUCUACUCUGUAGGAGACUCUAGAUGUAUUAUACCACUGACUUUCAGUAAGACUGAUGUUCUGUAGUUGGUACCAUAUGGAUCCUCUGCCCCUCCCUGGUUGUAUCUACACAGGCCCAAAACACGAGAGCUUUACCGCUUUGUGUCCCAGAUUUGAUCUGCACACAAUGAGCGCAGUAGCGUGGCUUUAGCUAGUAGAGGAAACUGGUUUUUGACAUUUGGCCUGGCCUUCAAAUACACGUGUUAGCAAGCAUCCGCUCUGCUGAAGUAUCCAACCUCUGGCCUCCCUGCAGAAAGCAACAAGAGAAAAGAUAAUAUCCCUGCAUGAAUCAAUAAUAAUACUGUCUAAAUGGGUAAAUCUGCAGAUUUUCCCUUUUUUAGACAAUCAGGGAAAGAUCUGAACUGUGCCACAAAGGCUUUUGGCUACACUUGAAAUUUCAGAACUUUUGUAACCUGAGGAGAUGCUAAUUGACACAAGGAGUACGUGGACAUAUUUAGAUUUGCCAUCUUUGCUGGUGAAUGUUCAAAAUGAUAGGUGGAUAGGGAAAGAAAAUAAUGUCGACUCAGAUGUAGAAACUGAGAUUGCACGAGAAGUUUCUGGAGCCCGUGUCAAUGUGGUGUAAUGAGAUCUAACCUUCAUGGUCAUGCUUCAGAAGCUUUAUAAAGACAUGACAGAAGCAGCCACAGAAAAAGAGAGAAGAGGUUCAUUUUCGGUCUUCUGUAAAAUGCAACACGUGUCUUGAAGACGUUUCAUGACAGUGAGUUUUGUUUUGUUCUGCAUAACAUCUAAUGUUUCAUCCAGAGCAAAACAACAUCAUUCACUGUCCUUUGCUUUUACUUGUCAUGCUGUGCCCAUUUUGUGUCAGCCCUCUUAAUAAGCAUUAUAAUUUAGUUAAUUCAAUAUAAGGGACACAAAAUGGCACAGUUUAGACUUGUGGUUGAGAGACUUCAUCUUAACCACAGGUACCCACCCAACCCUAUUUAGAGUUUGAAAUAUCAAAGAUAUUGUGAUGAGAAAAGAGAAAAAAGUUUGAUAAUAUAAUUAUUUUUUACUACAUGUUUCAGGUAAUUCUUUCUAAAUAUAUUGAUAUACCUUAGCUUUGCUCAAAAAUUGUGAUAUUUUAUAAUAAUGACACUUAUAACAAAUGGAUGGAAGUACGCACAGUAUGACUUGGCGACCUACACAUGUACUAUCCAAAACUGUAUAAAAUGUAUUUCUACUGUAAUUGUGAAUUUGUGUUAUACAAAUAUAUAUUAUAUAUAUAUGUAUAUGACUAUGAAAACAGUCAUUUUCUAUGUGUUUAAACUACAUAAGAGCUGAACAAAUGCUGAGGACGGUGUCCCUGUACAUAGCUGUGAAUGAAAUCCAAUUUAAAAUGACUCAUAUUGAUUGUGAAUGUACUCAUGCUUUCUGCAGUACCUACACCUACCCAACUUGAAUGCUGCUUCUUCUGUUGUGUGACAAAAAGUACUUUGACCUCCGAAGAGAGAAUCGCUGUCAAGUUAUAAGUUGGACAAAUUUUAGUGACGAUUUAACAGAACUAUUUAUUUCUUUAUUUAUUUGCACAUGCAAGUUGAAAUCCUUCCAGUUUUAAGUUUGAGUAUUAAUGCGGAGAAUUGUAAUUGCAGAAGUAUAUAUAAUAUAUAUCAUGUGUUUAGAAUGCAUUUUGCAGACGCUAUCUGUACAUACUAUUUAAGAUACAGUUUUUACAAAAAAUAAUAUAUGUAUAAAAUUGAAAAAAUGCUGUGCAGCAAUUAUACUGGAGCCAUUUUGGGCUUUGGGAAGUACCAUUUUUUCAGUAUAUAAGAAGUGUUUUGAAUAAUGUACUAAAGUCUCUAUUGUACAAACAAUAAAAAUGUCACUAUUGGUAA